AUGAAAAGAUCCUCCCCUUCUGAAAAUGAUCAUCACUCGUCUUCUGCCGAUUCCUCAUCUACCACCGAAAGCAAGAAGCCAAAGCUGACGGAGGCUGACAAUAAAUUAUUAAAUCUCGGAGUGGGUGCUACCAAGAGACAAGUUUCCGAAGAGCAGAAAAAGAAACUCUUUCAAGGAUUUGCUCUUUUGGGAAAGCCAUCAGCAGUAGCGAAUAAGAAAAAGAUUGCCAAUCAGGAAAGAGAAUUGGAUGUUAAAUUGAUCAAGAAUAUUCCUAUUGAUUAUACUUUGAAAACAUUUAUAACUUUCAAGUCAUCGGCGAAUUUUAUUUGGACGAAUAAUAUUAGUGGAAAUUCUAAAGUUGUGGGAUUGUCCAGUUUUGUAACUGGUAACUCUACUAGUAAUGUUGUAACGAAUACGAGAUUUUCACAAAGUUUUAGUCAGAGUCCAAUGACUCCUUCACCAAUUCAUCAAGAACCGCAAACCUCAAGUGAAUUCUUCAAAGGCCUUCUCUAUCAUAUUUAUCCUUCAUCUCUUUUACCUCACUCUAUGUAUUCCAAAAUAAGAGAAUUACCUAACUAUAACAGAGAAAAUUUGGAAAAUUUGUCAGAUGUUUAUGAGACUUUUGAUAAGAAUUUACAAAGAUUAGAUAUCGAGUUUUUAAAUGAGAGGUAUAAUUGUUGGUGUGAGGCAUUAAUUUCAGUCUAUGCCCUUACUUUUACCUCCUUCCAGAUUAUGGCCAGAAAAGUUCCUUCAUCUUUUUAA